AGUCAGAAAUGGGAGACAGAGGGAUAGGCUACUUCAUUACACUUGUAGAGAAAUGUGUAAAGAAAAAUACUGAAACUUCUGCAAGAAGAACUUGGGGGUGAAGGAAUAACGUUGCAGACUCGUAUUAUUACUAAAUGAAGAGGAUUUAUCACCACCACUUGAAGAAAUGUAUAACUAUGAAAUUAUAUAAAAGAAGCUUGGAUGAAGUCGAGUAACUGUCGCGCGCCGCUGGAAAGGAUCUCUGAAAUCGGCUCUAGACUAGAGUAUCUGACGGCGAGUCUUUACUAUUUACAUCUAUAGCUGUACGGGAUUCUAAUUCGUUUCAAUAGGCUAUAUUAAAAACUAUGAUUAAAAAUAUAUUUUGUUGGCUGUAGUCGCCAGUAUAAACUAUAGAUCAUCUUAAAAUCACAUUUUAUUUGUAUCUUUAUUUGAAAUGUAACAUAAUUCUGUGAAAUUACAUUAAUUAGAUUCAUUGUAUUUUUUCUGGUUGUAAGUUAUUUUGUGGUUAAACACAGCUUUUGAAUUGACACUAAGAUUUAAAUUACAGUAUACUUCAAUCAUAGACGAAAUCAAAUAUUUUUCUAGGGCAGCAACUCUGGAUAAUAAAACGUCUCAAUUCCGGAUAGAUGCUACCCAGAUGCACUCAUUAAUUUUCGAUCAAGAGAGAGUGAUAAAAAAACAAACUAAAGUGUUAAUAAUCAACUUUUAAAAAAAUCUAGCAAGUCCAUCACUUUCAACUCAGAUGUAAAAGGUGGGAUAUUCGUCGAUCUCGCUCUAAACAGGACUUUUAAUACGCUUCUUUACUGACCUCUGCUGGACAUUUGUGGAAUAAUAUCUUGACAAACAGAGACGAUGAACAACCAGAUAUAUAUCCACUAUAACUACACAGGGAAGCUGGAAAACCGUCAGAAUGGAAAAAUCACAGGUGGUGGCGUCACCUUGGAUGCUAAAACCAUCGUGUUCCUCAUCAUCUGUUGCUUCAUAAUCCUGGAGAACCUGAUUGUUCUCGUGGCAAUAUGGAAAAACCAUAAGUUCCACAACCGCAUGUACUUCUUCAUAGCCAACCUGGCGUUGUGUGACCUUCUGGCUGGGGUGGCUUAUAUCGUCAACCUCCUCAUGUCAGGGGAGAAGACCCUUCACCUGUCCCCAGUGUUGUGGUUUGUAAGGGAAGGGAGCAUGUUUGUAGCUCUGGGGGCUUCCACAUUCAGUCUCCUGGCUAUAGCUAUAGAGAGACAUCUGACCAUGAUUAAAAUGAGGCCCUACGACGCCAAUAAGAAUUACAGGGUGUUCUUGCUCAUAGGGACCUGCUGGCUCAUAGCGAUAUCCCUGGGAGCAUUGCCCAUCCUGGGGUGGAACUGCUUGGACAACCUCCCUGACUGCUCCACAGUCUUACCGCUCUAUACCAAGAAGUACGUGGCCUUCUGCAUCAUCAUCUUCAUGGCCUUGCUGCUGGCCAUGUCCGUCCUGUACAUACGCAUCUACAUGUUGGUGAGGACCAGCAGUCGGAAGGUGACGAAACAUUCCAACUCAGAGCACUCCAUGACCCUCCUCCGUACUGUCAUCAUCGUGGUCGGCGUCUUCAUUGCAUGCUGGAUGCCCAUCUUCGUCCUCCUCCUCAUCGAUGUGGCCUGCGAGCACCGCUGCUGCCCCAUUCUCUACAAGGCCGACUACUUCAUAGCCCUGGCCGUGCUCAACUCUGCCAUGAACCCUGUUAUCUACACUUUGGCCAGCAGGGAGAUGAGGAGAGCCUUCUUUAGCUUGGUCUGUGGCUGUCUGAUGAAGGGGAAUGUCUCCAGCAGCGGUGAGCCCAAUGAGCCCAAUAACCUGGAGCACAGCAGGAGCACAGCAGGAGCACAGCAGGAGCACAGCCCAUAAUAAUCCUAACAACCACAGCAGGAGCACAGCCCAUAAUAAUCCUAACAACCACAGCAGGAGCACAGCAGGAGCACAGCAGAAACACAGCCCAUAAUAAUCCUAACAACCACAGCGGGAGCACAGCAGGAGCACAGUCGGAGCACAGCAGGAGCACAGCCCAUAAUAAUCCUAACAACCACAGCACGAGCACAGCAGGGGCACAGCCCAUAAUAAUCCUAACAACCACAGCAGGAGCACAGCAGGAGCACAGCCCAUAAUAAUCCUAACAACCACAGCUGGAGCACAGCCCAUAAUAAUCCUAACAACCACAGCAGGAGCGCAGCAGGAGCACAGCAGGAGCACAGCCCAUAAUAAUCCUAACAACCACAGCAGGAGCACAGCAGGAGCACAGCCCAUAAUAAUCCUAACAACCACAGCAGGGCAGAUGAGCAGCAGAAGGACAUGGACAGUAGUCUGAAUAUUAUAGUGGCACAGACCUUGAUAAAGAGUCCAACAUCAUUGUGCGCCAAUGUGGCCAAUGGGUUGAGGUUUUCUGCUGGGCCCUGAACCUCCAUAUCUGAAUCCUUCUGAGUGAACACAAGAGACUAUGAAGUGUGGCAACGCGAGACAUUGUAGCCCUAUGCUGUGCAUAGGAUGGAGAGACAUUGAAGGCCUAUAAUGUAACUAUACUGAAAAAAUAUAUAAACGCAACAUGUAUAGUGUUGGUCCCAUGUUUCAUGAGCUGAAAUAAGAGGCCCAAAAUAUUCCAUGUGCACAAAAAGCUUAUUUCUCUUACAUUUUGCGCACCAAUGUGUUUACAUUCCUGUUAGUGAACAUUUAUCCUUUGCCAAGAUAAUCCAUCCACCUGACAGCUGUGGCAUAUCAAGAAGCUGAUUAAACAGCAUGAUCAUUACACAGGUGCACCUUGUGCUGGGGACACUAAAAGGCCACUCUAAAAUGUGCCGUUUUGUCACACAACACAAUGCCACAGAUGUCUCAACUUUUGAGGGUAGUGUGCAAUUGGCAUGCUGACUGCAGGAAUGUCCACCAGAGUUGUUGCCAGACAAUUUAAUGUUAAUUUCUCUACCAUAAGCCGCCUCCAACGUCGUCAUAGAGAAUAUGGCAGUAUGUAUGAUGCGUUUCUAUUUUUGUUCAGUAUAUUUAGCCGAAUUACUUCAUAACCACAAACAAGCACUUGGCUCUCCCUCUCUGUGAGGGUAGAGGGUCCAGAAACUGUCCAGACCAGAUAAAGACUGUGCCAUCGAGAUAUUGGGCUAGAUUAAAUUUGGCACCUUUUAAAGGUAAAGUUUUCUGCAUUCACAGAGACUGCAUUCAUGGUAAACGCUGCAUAGGUUUAAUUACCUUUAAAUGUCAAAUCGCUCUAUAACGCUGAUAUUUCGCGGAAUCUAGGCCAUAAACUACAGUGGAGACGUAGACUGCCACUAUACUGUAGGCCCUGUAAAGCACGCAUGGUGGGCUGGGAUGGUAAACAGAUGGCUAUUUUACAUGAAUUGUAAAUGUAACUCUUGAAAAAAGCUAUUUAUUAUUUUUUAGUUUGUCCUACUUUGACAUAUGUGUACAGUUUUUCUAAAUACUGUUACUCUACAUUAUAAACUGUGUGGUUCGAGCUCUGAAUGCUGAUUGGUCUGACAGCCGUGGUAUAUCAGACCGUAUACCACAGGUAUGACAAAACAUUUAUUUUUACUGCUCUAAUUAAGUUGGUAACCAGUUUAUAAUAGCACUCAUCGAUGCACUCAUCGUGCCUAAGAACAGCCCUUAGCCGUGGUAUAUUGACCAUAUACCACACCCCCUCGGGCCUUAUUGCUUAAUUAUACAAUGGUAGCAUGCUAUUUGUUUUAUUGUGUAAAACGAUUGUAUUUAACCAGAUGAUUUGCUCAACAUUAUGCUACUACCCGUAGCAUCAUUUAACUGUUAAUAUGUCUAUGAGCUCAUGGAAGCUUCCCUGUAGCAGUGCUAAACCAGGUUGAAGUGAAGCUUCCUUGUAGCAGUGCUAAACCAGGUUGAAGUGAAGCUUCCUUGUAGCAGUGCUAAACCAGGUUGAAGUGAAGCUUCCUUGUAGCAGUGCUAAACCAGGUUGAAGUGAAGCUUCCUUGUAGCAGUGCUAAACAAGGUUGAAGUGAAGCUUCCUUGUAGCAGUGCUAAACCAGGUUGAAGUGAAGCUUCCUUGUAGCAGUGCUAAACCAGGUUGAAGUGAAGCUUCCUUGUAGCAGUGCUAAACAAGGUUGAAGUGAAGCUUCCUUGUAGCAGUGCUAAACCAGGUUGAAGUGAAGCUUCCUUGUAGCAGUGCUAAACCAGGUUGAAGUGAAGCUUCCUUGUAGCAGUGCUAAACCAGGUUGAAGUGAAGCUUCCUUGUAGCAGUGCUAAACCAGGUUCAAGUGAAGCUUCCCUGUAGCAGUGCUAAACCAAGUUGAAGUUAAGCUUCCCUGUAGCAGGGCUAAACCAGGUUGAAGUGUUGACUGAAGGUUGCAGGGCUAAACCAGGUUGAAGUGAAGCUUCCCUGUUGCAGGGCUAAACCAGGGUGAAGUGUUGACUGAAGGUUGCAGGGCUAAACCAGGUUGAAGUGAAGCUUCCCUGUUGCAGGGCUAAACCAGGUUGAAGUGUUGACUGAAGGUUGCAGGGCUAAACCAGGUUGAAGUGAAGCUUCCCUGUUGCAGGGCUAAACCAGGUUGAAGUGUUGACUGAAGGUUGCAGGGCUAAACCAGGUUGAAGUGUUGACUGAAGGUUGCAGGGCUAAACCAGGUUGAAGUGUUGACUGAAGGUUGCAGGGCUAAACCCUCUGCUGCUAUGUACUAAAGCAGUGGUCUAAAAGGAAAAGGAAACCGCUCAGAUGUUUCAUUUACAUGACUUAAAAAAUGUAAGCCUAUGCAACAUUAACCAAUUAAAAACAGUCCUGUGGUAAUGAGGUUUGUGCAGUAAGCUAUAGUCCCAAUACACUAUCACUGUAUAUUGGCUAGGCUUCAAUUGCCCUGCCAAUGUUGUUUUUCAACAGGACAUUCUAAAAUUAUAUUGCAACAUUUUAGGUAUAUGAUCAGACUGGUAAUAGAUAAUUUGAUGUAUUACUUGUGAGGCACAGCUGAGUGACAUAAUAAUUAUAUAUACUAUUUUUACUGUACUGAUGUCCUGCAUCUGAUGGUCAGUCUGAGGGGAGGGAGCAGUGAGGCUGGCUCUCACCUAACACACCAUCCCUCUGCUAAGAAAAGGGGACAUAGACAUAGACAUUUCUGCCUCAUGCACCAAUUCAUGUUGUUACUCCCAUGACCGUGAAAUAUUCCUUGAUAUUGAAAAAGACACAAGCUGCUAAAAAUAACAACUCAAGCUUAUUAAAACACUUUGCUACUCAUUCAUUGCAGCUGCAGUGCUGGUUGUAGCAUGAGUGGAAGUAGGGAGAACAGAUCAUUCAUUGCAGCUGCAGUGCUGGUUGUAGCAUGAGUGGAAGUAGGGAGAACAGAUCAUUCAUUACAGCUGCAGUGCUGGUUGUAGCAUGAGUGGAAGUAGGGAGAACAGAUCAUUAAUUACAGCUGCAGUGCUGGUUGUAGCGCUGAGUGGAAGUAGGGAGAACAGAUCAUUCAUUACAGCUGCAGUGCUGGUUGUAGCAUGAGUGGAAGUAGGGAGAACAGAUCAUUCAUUACAGCUGCAGUGCUGGUUGUAGCAUGAGUGGAAGUAGGGAGAACAGAUCAUUCAUUACAGCUGCAGUGCUGGUUGUAGCAUGAGUGGAAGUAGGGAGAACAGAUCAUUCAUUACAGCUGCAGUGCUGGUUGUAGCAUGAGUGGAAGUAGGGAGAACAGAUCAUUCAUUACAGCUGCAGUGCUGGUUGUAGCAUGAGUGGAAGUAGGGAGAACGCGCAUUUUAUGCUUUAUAAAAGUGUUGAACAAAGUGUUGACAUUGCUGAAUAACAACUUAAACAUGAACUUAGUUAGUAAAAACAGCAGCUCUUUGCUGUGUUCAUCGAGUCUCUCGAGUCAUGGUUUUAAGUGUUUUGAAAUCUCACAGUAUCAACUUUGCGCGUUCGAGGCUUCUUUUUACAGUCUAUGGCUCGAGGAAACUGCAGACACGGUAAGCUGAGCUAUCUGAUUGGCCAGCGGUAGGCCUAUAGGGGCACUUGAUUUGGUCUCUGGGCCUGCCGGGUACGUGGAGUUCCACCUUCAGACACAUGAAAUGGUUCAAGAUUGAAACACUUUUCCUUUCCGGCGCUAGGGCUGCGGAAUCAUGUGCACCUACCACCAACAGCGCUAAACAAACAAAUGAAAUAGGGAUGAAGACUUUAUCAUUGUUUUUAACAGAAAUGUUUGGUGAUCGACUAUGAAGAGAUCAACCACUGAACUAAAGAGACUUUCAGUUCAUCUCUUCAGCUGACAAAUAUAAACAUAAACUUAUCAAAUAAGACAAAUACAGUCAAUUUUACAGAUUAAGUGGUUCAGUUGGAAUGCAAUUAAUCGGAAUGUAUGUAUGUAGAAAACAGCAUUUGAUAUAAAACAAUCAAUUGAUGUUAUCACUGAUGUUAUCCCUGAUGUUAUCACUGAUGUUAUUUAUCCCUGAUGUUAUUUAUCCCUGAUAUUAUCCCUGAUGUUAUCACUACAUACGUUUGCUGUGCAUUGAGGCACAUAUACAGCCUGCUUAAAGGGAAUCAGUGGAACUGCAUGGAGAAUAGUAUGACUGUUCAUCAAACAAAAAAAAUGACAUUCACGGUUUUAUUGCCAACAGUCAUACAGAAUGAUGAUAACUCAUACAACCAAAGACUAAAUCUGUAAACAUUGUUUGGACUCAUUUCUUUGUUUUUAUUAUUUUUUUUACUUGUUCCAAAAUGUGUUUUUGUGGUCCUUCUGACAAAAAGAAUCAUCAUAUUCAGAAUUUGGAAACUAGAGAGAGAGAGAGAGAGAGAGAGAGAGAGAGAGAGAGAAAAACGUUGAAUCUCAAGCAGCAACACUCAAGCAGUACUGCGAAACACAACUCUUAGAAUGCGUCCCAAAUGGCACCCUAUUCUCUAUAGUGCACUACUUUUAACUAGGGCCCCCUGGUCAAAAGUAGUGCUUUUAUAUAAGGAUUAGGGUGCCAAUGGGACGCACACUAAUGAACGGCAGGGCAUGCCCAUGAAGAAGUUCCAGCUAUUGCACUUUGAAGAAGAAAAACACCAUUGGUACAAAGAAAAGGCACAUUUUCAUCAACAGAAAUCUGGAAAAAGCCAUGUUCUAGUGUGACUCUCUACUGUAUACAUGGGGAUGUUGAGUUGACUCACAGUUCUUUGUUGAGCUACCGUAACAUUAUUUAUGCCAAGCUAGUACUGUAAUGGUGUAAGAUAAUUUGUUUAAACAUUUGAAUAGCAUGCGUGGACCUCCAGUCAGGAUUUGUCCCUAGGAGUUUUGGGAAUCUAUUCUUCAAUUUGGUCCUUUCCAAAAAAAGUCACUGUACAGAUCUGCCAAACCAAAUGUAUUACCAUUCUAUUGUGUCUGUUCAUAAACUGCCACAAAAAGCAAUGGGCUGUCUGGAAAUGUACACGAUCUAGACUAAAAUGACAUGAAGCUGCUUUAGGCUAGACAGCAACUGUAUCAUAUCUUGAUGGGGAGGUUAUCAUAUCAUAACAUUGCUAUGAACCCCUUUAAAAAUCAGAGUAAGACUUAUUUAAAAGACAGUUGUGGGAGUAGAUCCACGUACACUUCCUCUUGCUGAAAAAUACAGGUAGCCUACAGUAUCGUAAAUAACUGUCUUCUUGUCAAACAAAUUAACUGGAAACACAGGUUCUGUUUUGGUUCAAUCCUAAAUACACAUCAUUAUCUAACAGUGAAA